AUGUCUGGUGAUAUAGAGAAAGCCCCGGACAGGGUCUCCGUUGACUAUAUCAACGAUACAACAAAGCAGAACUCCGACAUCGAUGUCGACGAGGUUUAUACAUACGCGGAGCAGAGGAAAAUAGUCCACCGUGUCGACCGCCGGCUCGUGACUAUGUGUGGCCUGGGCUACUGCAUCAGCUUGAUGGAUCGGACGAACUUGUCAGUUGCAGCCGUCGCCGGAAUGAACGUAGAACUUGACUUGAAUAUUGGCUUUCGAUACUCCCUUGUCGCUCUGGUCUUCUUCACAACGUAUAUUGUUUUUCAGCCGCCAAUGACAGCGGUUAUUCGCAAAAUCGGGCCAAGGAACUUCAUUAGUUUUAUUGUGUUCACAUGGGGAAUAUGUUUGAUUGGUUUUGGUUUGUGCAAGAAUUGGGGACAACUUACAGCCCUCAGAGCGCUUCUGGGAGUCCUGGAAGCCGGCUUCUUCCCGGGUACCGUGUAUCUUCUGUCUACCUGGUACUCGAGAUAUGAAGUUCAGAAGCGGUAUUCGAUUUUCUACCUGAUCGGUUGCGUGGCUGCCGCACUUUCAGGUAUCCUCGCGUUUGGAUUCAGCCAGAUGGCUGGUAUUCAAGGAAUGGGUGGUUGGAGAUGGAUUUUUAUUUUGCAAGGUCUUUUAACCAUUGCUGUUGCUAUUCUCAUUUUUAUAUUCAUCGUCGACUUUCCCGACAAGGCUCAUAAAGCCUGGAAAUUCCUGACCCAGGACGAAUGUGCCUUCAUCAUUCGGCGAUUGAACAAGGACAGAGGUGAUGCCGAUGUCGAACCAUUUACCCUUAAAAGAUUCCUCCGUCCUGCGCUGGACUUGAAAAUCUGGGGCUUCGGCAUGAUAUUUUUCUGCCUGACCACAGUCACCUACGCCAUUGCCUAUUUCCUUCCCAUCAUCCUCCACAACAACAUGGGCUUUGGUGUUGGCGCAUCCCAGUGCCUCGUCGCACCGCCGUAUGUCCUGGCGGGAAUUCUCAUGUUCUCAACCUCCUGGGUGGCGGACAAGUAUAAAAUGCGAGCGCCUGUUCUCGUUUUCAACAGUCUCGUUUCCAUAAUUGGGUUACCAAUCAUGGGAUUUGCAGAAGGCAAUGCCGUGCGUUAUUUUGGAGUGUUCCUGACGACCGCGGGUGUCAAUGCCAACAUUCCAUGUUCUCUCGCGUACCAGGCCAAUAACAUUCGUGGUCAGUGGACGAGAGCGCUAGCUAGUUCCACACUUGUAGCGAUGGGCGGGAUUGGAGGUAUCACAGGUAGUUUGGUAUUCAGGUCGCAGGAUGCGCCCCAAUACAUCCCCGGUAUUUAUGCAGCCAUCGCCUGUCAACUCCUUCUCCUUAUCAUUGUUGCCAUGUUGAGCUUUUAUUUCUGGAGAUGCAAUAAGAAAGCAGACCGUGGAGAAAUGAUCAUCGAGGGAUCUCCUACUUUCAGAUAUACAAUAUAA